AUGACGAAGAAGACGAUGCGAAAGCGACGACGAAGGAAUAUUCGGAGUGGUGGCGGUUCUGGCUCAUGCUGGUGCAAAUUUGGCUCGAAAAACGAAGUGAGGUGGGUGCUGCUGGAGGCCAUAUCGCCAGACUCUCUAUACCCCUUCUCUCAUAUCUUUCAAGUGUGCGCCAUCUGGUUCGACGUUCUUCUCUUCGUCUGCGCCAUCAUGCUUGUUCUUCUCUGGCUGUGCCGAGUUGAUCCUCCUAAGUGCCGCUCAGUCACCAUCAUACGCAACCGUCCUUGCGCCGAGCUUCUUGGACCGCUCAUGGUCAGUGAAAAGCCUGUCUGA